AUGGCGUCGGAGCAGUACUAUGCUAAGAGUUCGCUGUUACGAGCUCAUCGACGCGGAUGGCAUUAUAACGAGGCGCUAAGGCUGCUGUACUCUGACAAAUAUGUUGACAAUGAGCUUGUUCUGGCUGCUUGCAUUCUGUUCUGGAUCCACGACAAUAUCAUGGGUGAUGCGAGAGCUGCUUUGGUACACCUAAGAGGUCUGUUGCAAAUGGUGGGUGAGAGCAAAGCGAGGAAAAUGGCCAAGGGACAACGUGCACCAUAUCUUGAAAUCGCAAUCGUGCAUGGGCUGUCGUACUGGGGACACUCUGUCGACAAAGCAUUGGUGGACAAGCCAGACCCAGAGGUGAUUGCCAAGAUUCGCGACCGACUCCAGGAUCCAGAUUACAGUGCAAAGCUCUACAGCUUCAGAACUGUCAGAGAUGAGAUAAGCCUAUUCAGUACCGCGACACAAUGGACUUGCUCAGAUUCAGGUCACGAAUCUUGCGCAUCGCAUGAACAUUCAGUCACUCUCGAGGAGCUCGAAGCCUUUGUGCAUAAAUGGUAUAGCUGCGUACUGCGUGGCGAAUGUCUACUAACCAACGACGAUCGAAUAUCAGUCGAAUGUCACUACAAAACCACACUCUUCAUCAUCAAAAGUCAACGCAAAAUAUCCGCUGGCACGACUCGUGCUCGUUUGACCGAGCCUGAAGACAGGGCCUUGUUCGAAGAUAUCCUGCAAAAAAUCGAAAGCAUAAGCACAAACAGUUUGUCCCAAACUCCUGCAGGUAGGGAUCUGGUAAUGCCACUGUGUCCGAUUGUCGCUGAGAUCGGCAGAUAUGCUUCAGAUGACGAAUUGAUGAGCAGGAGUUUAGCUGCGAUGAGAAAUAUGAAAAGAUUGGAAGGCUUCUGGAAUACUGCUGUAGUAGCUGCGUUACUGGAGAUUCUGUGGCAGCAGGAGCGAUUUAGUGAAGAAAGGUUGACUGCUGAGAAAGUGACGUUUGCUGUUGAUGUGUUGAAAGAGACUCAGUCUUGA